GCGAAUCGGUGCUCAGUGCAGCCUGAGCCGCGGCGCGCGCUGGCCGCAUACAACUUUAUGUUAUUUUGUUACGGGUUUCGUUUCGCGUAGAAGCGGUCGUUAGCAGGAAUGUGCUCUAAAUUGUGACUUUUAGGACUAAAAAAACAAUGAAACGUGUAAAGUUUUCGUCAAGCAAAAAAUCAAAUUUGUCGGCAAAAUUUUCUCGAACACCGCAAUAGUUUUCUAACUGGAAUUAUUUUCGUCGAUUUUUUUUUUAUGCAACCAGUUCAGUUGUUCGUUUUUGUUUCCGUUUCGAUGAAACUGUAAUUAGGGGAUCAAACUGACCGACAGACGGACCUAGCAUCAAGAAAAGAAGAGAAGGAAAGAAUAGAAGAUGGCUCUCGCUUCUUCUGUCAGCUUGUACUACUCGAUCGUGCAGAGGGCCGCGAGGCAUUAUUUAGAAGAUUACUGUCACACAGAUACGACAGCGCCCUACGUGCUUUACAAAGAUGGCGUCGAGCGAGCACCUCCCGGCACGCAGUGGGGUGGGGGCGUCCUGGACGGGGGCUACCAGCCCAUGCAGCACCAGAGCAUGCAGAGCCCCGGGGGCCCCUCCCCGCAGCCCGAGCCCCAGCUCGCCUCGCCCGCGCCCUCACCCUACCCCCCUGCACCACCCCCUCCAGACCCCACGGGCGCAGCCGACGACGCAGCUCAACAACUCGCACAACAACAGGCCCAGCAGCAAGCCCAACAACAACAACAGCAGCAACAAACCUCCCCCGAACACAUGCAAGUCGAGCAGCAACUCCAAAGCCAACCGCAAACCCAAGACCAUCUCGACAGAACCCCUUGCUUUGUCCCCCAACCGGACUUGCAACAGCAAUACGCAACACCAUACUUCAAAGAAACCAGACCAGCCAGCCACAUGCUCAGCACUGGGGGUUUUCCUUUACAUUAUCUCAAACAAAAUGGCGUACUUUCACUAGAGGGCCCCAUUGACCAAUACGGGGCACCUGAACUCAGACAUCUGCCAGACAUAGUACAACCAGAGCAGCCAAAACCACGGAAGCACAAUCCGAACUCUGAACUGAGAUUAUUCAAAUGCCUGACGUGCGGUAAAGACUUCAAGCAGAAGUCGACGCUGCUGCAGCACGAGAGGAUCCACACGGACUCCAGGCCGUACGGCUGUCCCGAGUGCGGCAAGCGGUUCCGCCAGCAGUCGCACCUGACGCAACACCUCCGCAUCCACGCCAACGAGAAGCCAUACGCGUGCGUGUACUGCCCGCGCUCGUUCCGGCAGCGCGCCAUCCUCAACCAGCACCUGCGCAUCCAUUCCGGUGAGAAGCCAUAUACGUGCGGCGAGUGCGGCAAACAUUUCCGCCAGAAGGCCAUCCUGAAUCAGCACGUCCGCACACACCAAGACGUUUCGCCGCAUCUGAUAUUCAAGAACGGGACGACGCCUACUCUGUGGCCUCAAGAUGUGCCAUUCCCAGCUGAUGAAAACAAAGAGGAGGUCCAAUCGACUUAUGGUGAUGCAGAAGGCCAAAACGGCGACCAGCGCGGCUCCUGCUUCUCUCCGGGCGACACGGCGCAGUAUCCAGCAUACUUCAAGGAUACAAAAGGACUUAACCACACAGUGUUCGGAUCAGGACUGUCAUUACAAUACUUGAAAGGAGGCAAGCUCCCUGAUGUCCUCGGCGGCCGCGCGAUGCCCUUGUAUGUCCGCUGCCCAAUUUGCCAGAAAGAGUUCAAACAAAAAUCAACGCUCCUACAACACGGGUGCAUUCAUAUAGAAUCUCGACCAUAUCCUUGCCCAGAAUGCGGCAAGCGUUUCCGACAGCAGUCUCACUUAACACAACACUUGCGCAUCCACACCAAUGAGAAACCUUACGGAUGCGUGUACUGCCCAAGAUUCUUCCGGCAAAGAACCAUCUUAAAUCAACAUCUUCGCAUUCACACAGGCGAGAAACCCUAUAAGUGCACACAAUGCGGAAAAGAUUUCAGGCAGAAAGCGAUAUUAGAUCAGCACACGAGGACGCAUCAAGGGGACCGGCCGUUUUGCUGUCCCAUGUCGAAUUGCCGACGGAGAUUCGCGACCGAACCUGAAGUGAAGAAGCAUAUUGACAAUCAUAUGAAUCCGCACGCGGCAAAAGCGAGACGAGCGGACGCCGCAAAGACACCGCGCCCGCUACCACCAGCGUCAGCUGUUGUCAAACCUGAGCUUUACUUCCCGCAAUGCUACGCGCCGUUCCAGCAGUUCCCCACGACCGGGGCUACAGAGUUCAAGCCGGCAGUGGGCCCGGGCCCGGUGCCGUGCCUGCCGGCCCAGUGACCCGCGCCGCCGCCGCGAUGGCACCCCGGGCCGUCGCACGCGCCGCCACACCACGACUUGUACAUCACCGACCGCCUCUACAACUAAACCAUUAUAUAUCCAAUUGCUAAACAAAAUCAGCAAUUGAUGUCCUAAAAUCGUUGUAGAAUUAGGCCUUACACCAGUAUACGACUCGCAUUGCGAGCUAUUUCUCAUAUGGAUCGCUGUAAACACGCUUCGAUCUGUAAAUACCGACAUGUUUAUACUCUGAAAGUCUGUCAGUGUACAGUUCCAGUUUGUCAUCAUAGUGUUACCGUCGAGACGAGAGCAUACAGUUUUGCCCCGUAAUGUUAAGUUACCACGUAAGAGUUAGGUUUCUCGAUGAUUCUUCUUGAUACGGUCGAAAUUUUCACUGAAAUCUAAGCAGAUCGAACCAGAAAUUAGAAUUAAAAACUCUACGUUGAAAUCUAAUUAAUAAGAAAUUGAUCUUUUACCAAUUAACAAUAUUUCGCGAUGAAUGUCUACAGCACGUCAAUGUGCCUGUUUGUAAUAAAUAUACAUAUUUUGUAGAUAUAUUAAGUUAAUUUUAUUUAAGAGUGGGAUAAAAUCUGGCAGGAGUAGUUGAAAUUCAAGAUGCUCAAUCUUUAAAGUAAUGGUAAUUUAAGAAUUUAUGUGUAACUUUAGGUCCAAAAUUUAAAAGUUCUCGGAGAGAAUUACACCAGUAUAUGAAUGAAUGUAAAACCAAAAACGUAGGUUACCUUUUGCCAUCUAUACAUUUAUUUUGUUUGUUACUUGCUGACAGCCGGACAGAUAGCCGGAGUAUCUCAGGACACUAGUGCCAAAUAGUGUAGUGAUUUUCAAAUUUUUUCUACCAGUUUCUAUUAUAGUUGGCCUAGUUUAGGUUGUUACCAGUUUUUUCGACGAUGUGACAAUUGAGAUGCAUUUAAUAAGAAAGGGUCAGACUGAGAAAGGACUGUGAUAGAGUAGGUUAAGUGUAUUCGCUCACUUAGCGUUAAAGUUGGAGUGUUGUGUGCCGCUCGCGAGAUUGGAAUCCUAUUGGAUCCGAGUGAAUGUCUAAAAAAAUAUUAUUAUUAAUUUUCGCUUCCUUCAUGCGUAUAUACUUGAAAUUGCCAAACGUUAAAUUUUAUGUUCCUAAAGUAUCUGAAAUUGCAUUUAUUUCGCCAUGGACUGUGAUCCGGUGGCCUUCUCUUCUCGACUGAUUUGAUGUAGAUAAGAACGAGACUAGAGUAGCAGUACUCGAAACGUGUGUGAUGUCGCAAAGUGCUUUGACGUAGUUUGAUCCAGGGACGGAAUAUGCCAGAAUAUUAUUUAUAAUUUAGCUUAGACUCUCGAAUUACAAAGCAAUUCGACCAUUCAUCGCGAAAUAACUUAGGCAUUAGGGAGAAUAAAGAUAUAUAUGAUUUUUUAGCGUUGUUGAAAUAUUCUGACAGAUGAGCGUCCUCGAUUUUUGGCGUCCAAGUAUAAAUACUGAUUUAGACAUUAGAAUCUUUCAUAAUAAACCUUAUAAUCACACACAGCUGUGUAUUGAAGAGGACAGAGACACAUAUAUGAGAUAUAUGGUCUCUGAGAAAUUUGAUUCAGUCAGUGCAGACUUUAAACUGCAGUCAGGAUAUUUCAUCAGGCUCUUCAACAUUUUUAUCAUAUCUGUUUGUAUCUAUAGACGACAUAUAUAGCUUAUUUUACGAUAUUAUUAUUGUGAUGGUUUCGUUUUCCUACCGCAUAAUAAGAACUGUUACGUAUUACUAAUAGAUGUAAUAUUAAUUGCAUUUGUGGAAGUCACAUUACACGUACCAUUAAUUUAUCACUUUUUAAAGUGAAUAACGCAAUAUUAUGUUUAUAAGUAUGUUGAUUUCUGACAAAUUACAGCCCAUUGGACAGAGUUAUGGAAAUUUUUCGCGGGAUUUUUAGCACCAAUAUGUGUUGAGACAAAUUUCAGUAAGGUUAAACUUCUAGAUUGUUCUCUAAUAAUAUUGGUUUUACGAAUCUCAAUCUACCGGUGCGUGAAGAAUUUUUUGUUUCCUUGUUAUUUUUCCUAUCAAACUUUUGGGAGGUUUACAAACGAAAACACCAUUCGAGGAAUAUUAGAUGUUAUCUUCUGUGACUACAAUUCUCCACAAAAUGUGACGUGAGAUCCUCCAAGGUGACGCGCGCCGCCCCCGGUUCCGCAACCAUAAAUAAUAGUAAUGAUAAUAAAAUAUUUACGUUUCUAAACAUUGUCUCUAAUGCAUACUCAAAAAUGAGGGAUGACUAUAAAGUUCUCUCUUGUGAAACACAUCGCUAUUGCGCUUGAUGGUCAGCAAGCUUACGAGAACGUGACAGCUAUACUUGUUGGUCACAAAAAAAAGGUAUUUUCAUGUCAAGUCAUUGCCCGUUUUUCAAUCUGCCUUAGAAACAGACUACACUUCAUUUUCCACAACACUAUGACAGCCUUAUAAUAAUAGUUCAUAAGUAUUUUUGUACAGUUGUACGUUAAAUAGUAAAACAAUCGGGUGCGGCGCGGCGCGUCUUAGUACAAAGUUUGAAUACAACUCAAUACAGUGCCAUAGCCGUUAAAUAACCUCAGAUUUAUACUUAUUAGAUUUUAUACCGAUACAAAUGGAUUUAAUUUUUAAAUAUAACAAAGGUGAUUAAGUAUACAGAGAUUACAGAUGAUAUUUUAUACAUUUAUUACAAACAAUAUUAUUAAAGGUAAAUGUGAAAUAGUCUUAAUUAUUGGCACCUACUGCAACGUGCUAAGUACAUAAGUAUAUGGAAACAGGUUUAUGUAAGUUACACAAGGGGAAAACUGAGGUAUAUAUUGACUUCAAUUUUCUACAGACAGAUGGACAAGUCAUCGCCAUGCUUUUUGUCUUUUAAUCUUAUGGCAUCUUUAUGUUGAUAGACAUAAUGGUAGGUAGAUCUAUUGAUUAGCGUAAUUAAACCAGCGCUUACAGAUUUUAUUUCGGCGCCAUUUGCAUUUCUUAGCGCUUUUACAUAGACCCCCACCACUACGAUCUACAUGAUCUGCUUCAGUACUACGAUUGAAUGUUUCAUGUGUUUGUCAGAAGAUAGUAACUAUAUAUGAAAAUUAUUGGCAACGAUUAAAUUUGUCGUUUUCUUCCUCACAAUUUAGGCUGCAUCAAGCUAUCAGACAACAAUCCAAGAAAUCCUGAUUCUAUUUUUACUCUACCCUAAGCCCUAUGCUGAGGAUUUUAAAACUAUCCCUUGGGUUAAUUAUAUUAGCACUUCUCCUAUCUUUGAUCUUGGUUCCCUCACACCUCAAAUCCCAUACACAAUACAAAAUCAUCUAGAUAAUGAACUAGAUUCCUUUUCAAGGCGUCAGCUUCAUUAUACAGGAAUCAUUUACAGAAUCACAAAUGUAAAAAUUUCUUCAAUUCCUUUGAAUAAAUUCAGUCUGUUUUGAACAGCUUUGAUACUUGGAUAUACUCCUUCCUUACCGUUAUCCAUUUCAUAUGGGAGCAGCGAAUUUGCUUUCAGUAAAUCAUCUAUAAUGCGUCUUUAGACAUCUCUAUUUAGUUUGUCUGUUGUUAUAGUUUUUUUUAAUUAAAAUGGCGCCUUACACCUUUCUUGGUCUUCUUUCAAUCGAUUUCACGUUAUUGUAAAUACAUAUCAUUACAAAUUUCUCAGGCAGUGUUACAAAUACUGAAAAAGCUUUCAUAAUCCAAUAAAAUUCCAAUAAGGUGUGUGUUAAAAGUCUUAAAAAUCAGUGUUUAUAAUGUCGGGAAUUAAGAUUAACCAAUGUAGAAACAUACCUGGGUUUCCAAUUGAUUUGCUGACGUAAAUAAUUGAUUGUCAUCGACUAAAAGCGAUAUGAAUUCUCCCUGGCUGUUUAAUUCAUACUUAUUGCUCACUUUUGUUAAGUUUUGCUCAAAUAUGUGUGUAUGUAUACCUACUUAGUUACAAUAUUAGUUAUACUUAGUACGAGAUUUGUAAAAUAUUUUUUGAGAGCACGGUUUGCUUUUCUUUAAAACUAUUUUUGUUAAGUAAAACCAGUUUUACUUCUUGAAAUCUUUAGUGAUAAACGGGAAUCUACCAUUGGAAUUAACAUCGUAAUCGUGCCGUCCAAGCCGAAAUUUCGUCAAUCCCGAGUAGCCUCAGCGAAGAUUUUUUUUUUUACCUAUAAUUCUUGCCAGUAAUAAACAAUAUUUUAACAUGUUCCUAGCUUAAGCUACUUAAAUACUUAAUGCGUAUACGAUUGUUUUGUCUCCCAUUAUGAUAAAUCUGAUAUAUCCCUUAGAAUAGGAUCUUAAUUUUUACGAUUUUUGCGCAAAAUGGACUUAGAAUGUCAGUAAUUAAGAAGCAUAUUGUCAGUUAAUUUUCUAAACUAUUUGUUGACUUUUUACCAUUUCCGUGUAUUGUCGAAUAGGUUAUUGUUCUAAAAAAUACAAAAUUCAAUGUUAACAUCUUUUCUGCUUCUAUGUAUCCGUGUGCUACUUAUGUUAAAGGUAAUAUACUUAAUUUGUAUAUUUUAAGUUGUUAACGAUAUAAAAGGAGAGAAUAAGAUUGCAUUGUGGAAAUAUACUUUGCUUAAAAAGAUAAUUAUAUCAAAUCAUGUCAAUUGUAUUUAAUACAAUUCUCCAGCAAUGAUAGUUAAACUGAAAUAUUGCUUGGCAAGAUAUUAAUCUUAGUGUAGUCAGUUUGGUAAUAAAGAACGUUCAUAUUUCCUUUUGAAUAAAAUAAUGCAUUUACUUAUGAUCUCAGCAGUUCAAACAUAAACGGCAAAUUCUUGAAUUUGGAACGUCAGACGUGAUUGGUAAUAGAAUACUUUGAUGUGAUUGGUUGUUCGAUCACAUCACUUUCUUAUUGGUCAAACCGUAACUUUGAGUAGUAUAACAAGUCAUCAAAAGACUGAUUUGAACGCAGUUCCGAAUUUGUGGACAGGUUUUCUUGAUUGGCGAUGACUAAAUUGUAUUAGAACAUGAUGUUGGGUUUAAUUUUUAGUGCAUACAUAUCUACAUAAUUACGAAUCUAUAAAUAUAGCAAAGAGUUGGCUCGUGUUGUCAGCCAGUCACAAUCUUAAACUUUACAGAGCGAUAGAAGAAAAUUUCAAUACGUAUCGAUUAAUCAUUAGAAUUGGAUUGUAUUCCGGACUUGAUUUCUUAUCGCACUGUAAAAAGUUACAAUCUACUUGAUGUGUGGUUUUAUCCACGUUAACAUUGGUGAGUUUAGAAUAACGUUUAGUUCAUAGAACGUUGGCUACGAAUUAUUAGACGUCUUCCAUUUUAGUCUACCCUCGUAGUUUAGUGUUAUGACGUUUAUAAUUUGUGUCUUUAUUUAGUUUUCCGGUAAUAUCACGUUUAGGCACCUUAUAUUCUAGAUAAUAAAAAUAAUAAAAAACAAUAUACUUCUUGGGCUACUGUUUAGUCAAUAAGAGUACAGAUUUUUUUGUUAUGAGUGCUAGUGCAUAAGGUGCCUUAGCCUUAUAAUUUGUACAGUUCAUGCAAUUUUAUAUUAUAAAAAAAUAUUGUCUUAUUGCCGUUCGCGGCGCCAGUGCAAUACACAUUGAAAUUUGGAAUAUAAUUAUCAAAAUAUAAUCUUUAAUUUAUUAUUAAAAAGUUUAUUUUAACUACAUAAUUGUUAAUGUGUAACAUGAAAUAAUUGGUAGCCAACUAAAAAGGCCUAUGUUUUAUUUUUAAUUAGGCACCUAAUACAUUGUAUAUUCUAUACACUGCCACUCGCCAACCGCUGUCGGAUUCCUUUUUUUUUUUAACAAUAGAUACUUGUUAAAUACAGUUCCACAAUAAAAUAAGUGUUGUUGAAUUUUUUAUAAAAGAUGAACAUAUUAGACUAAUGAUCUUGUAGUCUGGAUUCUUUUUUGCAGAUUUUAUUAUGUGCAAAGUUUUUCGUCAAUAGAGAAGGUACGGCGCUCGACUAGCUUAUUUUUGCUAUACUUAUUUGAAGCAAUAAGUGAAACAUUUUAAUUAUAUACCAGAUAGUACAAUAGUUAUACAGAUUAUACAAAUAUAUACAAAUACAAUAGAUUAUACAAAGCCGUGAUAUAUUAUACAAUUUUUUUAGUAAGAAGCAGACGGGCGUCGUUCCUGGCACGAUUGAUUUCAUUACAUGGGUGCUGUUAUAUGAUUACUUCUACAUAUUUAUUGUAAUAUACAACAAUAGACUGGUAAUUUUACAAUGUUGUUAGGUUUCUACAGAGUUAUUCCUGGGGCUGUCGUGAAUUCAAUGUUUAUGACAUUUCUUUCUUUCUUUUCUUUUUUUUAAAAUAUUAUUGUAAAUAAUCCAAUUUAUACAAAUUACGAUUAUUUACAAUUUGUUUUUGAAAUCUUAUUUAAUUAACAAGUGAAGUAUUAAAUAUUACGUAUUUCUUAUAUUUUAAACGUACCUAAUUAAAAAAAUAUAUCAAAUUCUAACCAGCCCCAGUCCGCAUGUUACAAUAGAGUAUAUUUUCGUACAGACCAGAGACACCGAAAUAAGACUAUAUAAAAUUCAUUUUAGGCAAUCCCAGAAUACAAGAUCGAACUUUUUACACACAACAGAUCUUACUUGUUUUUUUUACCACAGUAUUUUCAUUGUUUUUACGAUAAAAAAAAAACAGUUGGUUGCGAAAUGGUCACAGACAUCCAGGCGAUAAAUUAAAACGUUGGCAUUUUAAUAUUAAAAAAAAAAAAGUGUAAAUAUAUUUUCUAGUUCUUCCAAAAUGAAUAAUAUCAGUAUUAAAUACAAAAUUCGACUUUGUUUAGGUCAAAAGUGUAUGUGUGAUCUACGUAUAGAAAUUUUUGCUUAGACCGUCUUGGUGUAAUUUUAAAAAUAUUUUUAUUAUUAUUUAAUUAUAUUAUUUUGCCUUUAGAUUAUAUUUUACUCGAUUUGUAAUUGAUCUUGCCUAGACUCGCAUUUAUGUUAGUUAUGUACUUUACGUUUAAAGUUGAAACCAUCGUGUUUAUGUAUAUUAUUAUUGCAUUAAGGGUUUUGUUUGUUUUUUUUCUUUUUCAUUAAUAGAAUUGAAAUGUUGUAAAAAGUAAGCUCGUUGUAUUAUUAUCAAAUAAACACUUUUUAGUCCAACUGAAGCA